AUGGGUCGAAGAGGACCUACAACGACAUACAAAACAAGGGCUGCGAGAAAUGCCGCUCGACGGCUCCGCUAUCAGCAACAAAAGCGAGCUCAACUGCUAUCCCAGGAGACUUCGGUCCCAGCACGUCCACGAACACUGUUAGAACCGGUCAUUCAACCACGUGAGCCAAGACAAGACGCAGACUCACCUCCGCGGUCCGGGACCGCCCCUGAGCCUGCAGCUGCUCCAGAUACACUUGAUGCGGGGCCUAUACCAGAGCCACACCUCAGACCGGAAGGCUCACUGCCUUUAUCCAAUGAUAUUGACUUCUUGCUGGAUGAUCCUAGUGGGUUUGAUUCUGAUGGCGGAAAUGCUCUGCAACCGGCGGAGGCAACUAUCAGGUAUAACCUGUCUGCUGAAGCAAUUCCAGAUGAUGAUGAGCCCACUGAAGGUCCUAUCUCGGCCGCUGACUAUGAACCGCUUCUAUUUGGCAUUCCUGAUAUUUCAGCAGACUCAGGUACAGAUGACCUGUCAGAUAACGCAUAUGGAUCAGGGGAUAGCGACAAUGGCUAUCCACAGUCUGAUCGAUUGAGCACUGGCACUGAGAACCUUGAUAGCCUUGGGGUGCGACUAGCACAACAGAUCCUCCAGUUCCAGGGUUGUUGCCCUGAGUGUCAUCAGCAGUCAAUGGAGCCGCUGGUUAAUCAGGAGAGAUCUUCCAUCCCAACCAUCAGGCUGGCCGAUCUGCAAAAGUGGCACUGCCCCCAGGUGCUCGGUAGCCCACGACUACCUGAUGCAGAGACUACCUGGACCAAAAAUUGGUCUGCUACCGACCGCCGGCAACUAUUCUGUGGCAUUGGCAAUGAUCAAGAGACACCACCAGUGGUCUUGAUCACAGAUGAGGAAAAAGAGCUGUUGCCACGAGACAUUAUGUUUGACACUGACAGUGUAACAGCCUUUAUAGGAAGUCUAGCCGCCGCUCGCCAAGGCAUUCGGUGGCAACCCGUCCAGCGCCCGGUGUCUGACCUCCAGUCAUCCCUCCACCUUGAUCCUCUACCGGUGGAGUAUACCGAUCGUCGCAGUGGCCGUUCUCGCCGAACCCAUAUGCCAGUUCAUAAGAUCAAGCACUAUACACUCGGUCGAGUGGUUGGCAUGGAGGAUGCAUCAAUCUAUGUUCUCUUUCCUGGUCUUUCCCAUCCACGAUCGCCUACUGCCCGCCUAAGCGGGGAAGAUUUUGGGACUUGGAUGGACCAGGUCUUUUUCCCGGCCCUUGAGGUAGCUUACUCAGGGCACUAUCUUCAACACUAUCCGUCCAGCUACGCUCAUGCCCUACUGAACACAUGGGCGGCUUGGAAGGAAGCGCGCUCUGUAACCACCCAAGCGAGACAGCAGCAGUUGAAUCAUUUUCUUCCGCCAGAAGGGCUUGCAGCAAUAUGGACAGCAAUUCUUGAGAUCAUUGAGCAAAAGGACCUCCAACAAUUUCAACGCCCUUAUCUCCUCCUUGCUGCGAAGAACCUGAAGGUUGCAACUAAGAGUACGACCUGGCUUGGUAUGCAACAACGAUUCAAUCAGACCUGGUCCUCAGCCAUUGACGUGCAGCACGUUAUAACCAUGUACCGAGAUAUUGGGAAGGAAAUUUUUCCUAUGGCUCCUGACCAGAAGCCACUGGUCAUACCACUGGGCCACUAA